GUAACAUUGAUUCUGAGAAAUGGACAACAGCAUUUGUCAAGUUUAUGAAGAUGAAAUCCAGUCACUAGAAGAAGAAAUUAAACUAUUGGCUGAAAAGUAUGAAGAUAACCAACAAGAAGCCACCUUUUUUUCGGACAAGGAGAUGUUAAUGCCAAUAAAAUCUUUCCAAAGAGAAUUUCAGGGAGUAUCUAAGGGACGUGAAUUUCCAUCAGGCCUGAAAGCUCAACUUGAAAGUCUAGAAACAGAUCUCUCAUUUUUAAUGAAAUUUACUGGUAUUCAAUUCGCAAGUCAUUCCAGGAAAACAGUGGAAAAAACUAGAAACAGAACAGUGCAGAAGCACAGAUUAUCAGGGAAUUGCCACUCUUUGUCUUUUCAACUGGAAUUCCAGCUUCUUGAAAUGCAGAACAAAAAGAAUGUGUCUGCUGUUAUUACUGAUCUCAGCAUUAUAAUGGAAUCUGGAGAAGAUUUGGAUGUCAGCAAAUUUGUGUCAAGCACUGAAGAACAUGGAAAUCUCUUAACAUUUUUCCGAAACCUUUCGUCUUGUGCUGAGUGGUAUGAACAUCGUAGAUGCACCUUCCUACAUUUCAAGGCCAAAUAUCCUGAUGUUGUGACCCUUCCAGAAGGAGUGCUGGGAGAUUAUAUAAUUCUAAGGAACCCCAAAGUUUCUGGGUUUGAAUUACUGAUUGUUUGGAAGAUACAUAUAGAUGAAGAAGGGAGAACUACGCCUGUCCUGGACCUUCUGACUAAAGUACCGGAGCAAGUCUUGGAGCAGAAGAUGGCAACUAUUGAAAAUGCCCCCACCCGCUUCCGAAGCAUGCUGCUUCUGUUUGGGAUCGAGACAGCUAUCGAGAAUCUGAUCCAAGUGGUUAGCUCAGAAAAAUGAAUACCAGCAUGACUUACAACAGGUAGCAAUUUCAAAAGUAGUUUUAAUUAAGAUAUCGUGUUACACAGUCUAUAAUUUUAUUGAAUAUAAACAUUAAGUUAUUUUCCAUUUAGAAACCAUACUCAUAAAACAUGCUAUCUGUACAAUUAUGGCACGUUAUAUAUAAAUUGUCAUGACAUGAAAAUAAAUACAGCCAUUUAAAUACAAAAAUGCCAAAUAAAAUAGUUACAUGUACAGAGUG